CGUAAAAGUGCGCGCCCCGGCUCCAAAACGGUAACAGGAAGGAAGAAGUCCAUGCGAGAUCAGUGAACCCUGGAUGAGAACAGGACACGUUCAGAGUCUUUUAAUUGUAUCUGAGGAAGGGCCAGAACAAGAACUAUUACGGUGUUCAGCUAUAUUACAGUACAUAUUCCCCACUCCCCUGUAUAACGUGACAGUAUAACACCUCCCACCAUGCCAUUGAUUGUGCUGCCCACCUCCCAGCUGCUGUGGGUGCGUGUGGCUGCACAGUUGUUCUCCUGCGUGGCCUUCAGUGUGGUGGCCCGUGAGGCCUCUCUCUCCCACGGGUUAGCAGACUGGUGUGUGUUCUGUUGGGCCUUCAGCUUCUCCAUGACCCUGCUGGUACUGCUGGUGGAGCACUUUGGCCUCCAGGCCCGAGCCCCUGUCUCCUGGAAAAACUUUCCCAUCACCAUGGCCUGCUACGCCACCCUGCUCUGCUUCUCUGCCUCGGUCAUCUUCCCUGUCUACUUCCUCAAGGGCCAGCAGAACCACGGGGAGGCCCGGGACAGACGCAUCGCCUCCACCGUCUUCUCCUGCCUGGCCACCGUGGCCUACCUGUGGGAGGUGACCCUGACGCGGGCGCAGCCGGGCGAGGUGGUGGGCUACAUGGCCACGUCUCCAGGCCUGCUCAAGGUGUGCCAGACCUUCGUGGCCUGCAUCAUCUUCAUGCUGGUCAGCGACCCGGUGUCGUACGAACAUCACGCAGCGCUCAAGUGGUGCAUGGCGGUCUACUGUGUCUGUUUCAUCCUGUCGGCAGCCGUGGUGGUGCUGUGUGUCGGGGAGUGUACCGGCUUUCUCCCGUUCCCCUUCGCACGCUUCCUGUCAGCCUAUGGCCUGCUGGCUGUUGUCAUGUACCUGACCGCCACCAUCAUCUGGCCCGUGUUCCAGUUUGACAAGAGUUACAGCCACAUCCAAACCCGGCAGCAGCCAACACUGUUGAUGGUUGCAGUUCUCACCGCUCUCAACUUCCUGCUCUACCUGGCAGAUCUGGCUUACUCUGCACGUCUGGUUUUUGUCAGUGUGUGAGGGAGGAGGGGGAGAGAUUGGAAGGGAAGGAGAGGGAGGUGGGACAAAAACUACUGUGUACAAUUCAUUCAGUUGUAAAAGUAUUUCUGCGUUGCCUUUAUCUUCAACAAGCAUCUCUUCAAAGGGGGUGACACUCUAGACCCAAACUGUUAUAGACCUAUAUCCAUCCUGCCCUGCCUUUUCUAAAGUCUUCGAAAGCCAAGUUAAUAAACAGAUCACUGACCAUUUCGAAUCCCACCAUACCUUCUCCGCUGUGCAAUCUGGUUUCCGAGCUGGUCACAGGUGCACCUCAGCCACGCUCAAGGUACUAAGCGAUAUCAUAACCGCCAUUGAUAAAAGACAGUACUGUGCAGCCGUCUUCAUCGAUCUGGCCAAGGAUUUUGACUCUGUCAAUCACAAUCACCACCCACAUUCUUAUCGGCAGACUCAACAUCCUUGGUUUCUCAAAUGACUGCCUCGCCUGGUAGUCAACUACUUCUCAGACCAAGUUCAGUGUGUCAAAUCGGAGAGCCUGUUGUCCGGACCUCUGGCAGUCUCUAUGGGGGUACCACAGGGUUCAAUUCUCGGGCCGACUCUAUUUUUCUCUGUAUACAUCAACGAUGUCGCUCUUGCUGCUGGUGAUUCCCUGAUCCACCUCUACGCAGACGACACCAUUCUGUAUACAUCUGCCCCUUCUUUGGACACUGUGUUAACUAACCUCCAAACGAGCUUCAAUGCCAUACAACACGCCUUCCGUAGCCUCCAACUGCUCUUUAACGCUAGUAAAACCAAAUGCAUGUUUUUCAACCGUUCGCUGCCGCACCAGCCCACCCAACUAACAUCACUACUCUGGACGGUUCUGACUUAGAAUAUGUGGACAACUACAAACUACAGUCUGGCAAGACUGUAAACUCUCCUUCCAGACUCAUAUUAAACAUCUCCAAUCCAAUAUUGAAUAUAGAAUCGGCUUUCUAUUCGCAACAAAGCCUCGUUCACUCAUUCCGCCUCAACUUCGGCGAUGUUCUUAACAAAAUAGCUUCCAACACUCUACUCAGACUGCAUCCAGUUUGCUAUCAUAGUGCCAUCCAUUUUGUCACCAAAGCCCCUUAUACCACCCACCACUGCGACCUGUAUGCUCUGGCCCUCGCUACAUAUUUGUUGCCAGGCCCACUGGCUCCAGGUCAUCAAUAAGUCUUUGCUAGGUAAAGCUCCCGCUUAUCUCAGCUCACUGGUCACGAUAACAACACCCACCAGUAGCACGCGCUCCAGGAGGUAUAUCUCAAUGGUCAUCCCCAAAGCCAACACCUACUUUGGCCUCCUUUCCUUCCAGUUCUCUGCUGCCAAUGACUGGAACGAAUUGCAAAAAUCGCUGAAGCUGGAGACUUAUAUUUCCCUCUCUAACUUUAAAUAUCAGCUAUCUGAGCAGCUAACUGAUCUCUGCAGCUGUACAUAGCCCAUCUGUAAAUAGCCCAAACAACUACCUACCUCAUCCCCAUAUUGGUUUUAUUUACCUUUCUGCUCUUUUGCACACCAGUAUUUCUACUUGCACAUCACCAUCUGCUCAUCUAUCACUCCAGUGUUUAUUUGCUAAAUUGUAUUUACUACGCUGCUAUGGCCUAUUUAUUGCUUUACCACCUCACGCCAUUUGCACACACUGUUUAUAGACUUUUCUAUUGUGUUAUUGACUAUAUGCUUGUUUAUCCCAUGUGUAACUCUGUGUUUGUGUCGCUUUGCUUUAUCUUGGCCAGCUCGUAGUUGUAAAUGAGAACUUGUUCUCAGCUAGUUUUACUGGUUAAAUAAAGGUGAAAUCAAAUUUAAAAAAGCAAAUGAAAAGACCAGUCUUUGUCUUUAUUGUAUCACAUGGGCUUCAGUUGGGCUGAUACAAAACAGGUACAAACCCCAAAAAAUUAUACAAUGUGGCUCGAACUGCACCACCAAGGGCAUAUUUCACAAAUGUCACAGAUGAAUUUCAUUACAUGGGUUAUUGUUAGAUGAUUGAUUGCAAACAAACUUGAUGCUUGGCAUCACCCUGCAGAAGAGUUUGUCACAGUAGCAAUGGAAUGUUGCAACAGCACAGGCAUUUUGAAAAUAAAUGUUUGAACCAACGUAUCUGUGACCUGAUCCACCUGUCGGAGAGCCAGAGUGUCUGGUUGAAGUGCUAUGCUAAUGUGCACUGUCACUGUAUUUCUUCUAUAAAUAAACUCUGUUUUUAUAUCAUUUUAUUCCUUGAGUGUU